AUGCACCGAUAUAACUCGUCAACACCACCUGUGCGACCUCCGCCAUGUGGGGACCCAUUAUCCAUGCCAAAUGAAAGUAAAACAGCUAUUUCAGUUGAAGAAAUCUAUUCAUAUAUUCUAAAGAUCAUAAUCUUCGAAUAUAUUAACGAACCACGUUUUCAUAGAACACAAUAUCCUGAACGUAGAAUAGUGUCUAAUACGAUUCCCAUAAAUGAUUUUAAAUCACAAUAUAAUAAUAGCAACAAAAAUAUCAAUCGAAAUAAAAGAUUAUCAUGGUUGCCAAGCACAACUGCAGAACUCGAUGUAACAAGAUUUGAAGAGCAUAGUAUAAACGCAUUAAAAGAUAGCUUAGAACGUUACCUCAAUGGAGUUGCAAUUCAGAAGAAAAAUGUCAGAACAGAGGAAUAUAGACGGUCCUUACUAAAAUUAUACAAUGACUAUUUCCUCAAUCCUACAAUGAAAAGGACUUUAGAAUUGACUAGCAAACCAGAGGACUUAAUAGUGUACUUCUCAAAGGUUGCUAAUAACAAUCUGAGCAAACUUAAUGUCGAGAAUCUACAGAACGAACUUCAUGGGGAGAUUUCCCUAUUUAUUGAUUUAUUGAUAACACUCGUUCCAUCUGACGCACCUGGCUCUAUAACUGAAAAAUUGAGACAGUACAAGGUUAAUAUAAAUCCUACAAGAAGGCCGUUAACUAGCCGCAAAUUACCCCAAAACAAGAUUAAUCAAGCUCUAGAUGAGCCUUCAGGUAGGAGCGCUGGUGGCCCAUCCAUUAAAAAUACUUCUCCUACUUUUAGAUUUCAAGAAGUGAGUCAUGCCUCCUAUGUUGCUGCUCUAUUUGGUAUUGACCCCAUUAAAAUGGAGCAAGAUAUAAUAAGGUUAUCGAAAGAUGUCACAAAAAGUGCUUUAUGCGAAGAGUUUCGUCAAAUUCGAAAUAACCUCAAUGCUGAUAAAGGAAGACUUCGAAUUGAAGAUUUUGACGAUGAAUUAGAAUAUAGAAAGUGGAAAACCUAUGAAGUCAACGAAAUCUCUAAGCUGGUCGAAAAAUUCCAAGAGUUGAGAGAAAGAAGGCUACCAGAUCAAAAUGUGAGUACUGCAAUUAUUCCAAAAAGUGCGCAUAAUUCUUUUAUUAUCUUCAUGUCUAUGAUUUUGAAAAAAGAAUGUCAGAAUAGUAUGUCUUCUCUGAAUCUUUCUCAGGAUGCAAUGUUUUUGAUGACAAAAGUUUCGAAGUACUGGAGACUUGACUAUCCAACAACCUUGGCCACAUUAUUAUACACAGCUGCAAAUAUGGCAAUUUUGAAUGAUGAAGAGUUAAAUUUACCAUUAACUGUCAAUCUUUUCAGUAUGCUAAGAAUAAAAUUUCUAAAAUCAGAUGAUAUCAUUGAUUUCAGCAAUUGGAAUACAUUAGACCGAAAGCUUUGGAUUUCAAAUUUGAACUUUACAUCGAAUCAAUGUUUUUCAUCCAUUGACAAUCUUUUAUCUGGGUUAUAUGCUUCCGUACAGCCAAAGUUCUCUCCCAUCCUAUCGUUUUACUACACUAAUAUCCAAUCAGAUCUGGCUAUCUAUAAUCCCAAAACAUUGAGCAAGGAGAAUUUCCGUUCUAUUAUGGCUAAAUUGCGAAAGACAAUUUUUAGAGCAUCAGAACAGCAUUAUAUUUCAUUGAUUAAAUCAUUACCGCAAAGUGAUCAACUAGAAUUUCAUCAUAUUUACGAUUUAACUGAAUCAGUCAAAGAAACUAUUAAAACUAUACAAAAAAGAUACACCAAACCUCUCUUAGACGAAAUAAAUAUUGCAUUUUUAUGCGCCGACACUUUGAUCUCUGCAUUUACUACCGACGUUACACAAUUACUAGCACUUGCAGAAAGAAAUUGUAAUAGCACCAGCAAAAAAAUAGCUCCUGUCGAUGCACUUGAACUUUAUGCAAACCUGCGAGAGUUGCGAGAUAUUUUUAUUCAGGUUCAAAAUAAGAGAACGUUCCCUAUCAAUCUUGAGAAUCGUUUCAAGAAAUAUUUGACAGAGUUCACACAAAAUGUCCGUAAUCAGAUCAUCACUUCCAUACGAACAAUAAUAAAGAAUGAAAAAUGGGAACAUGUCAAUACGGGUACGCCUUACAGUAGCUCAGUAAUCGAUAUUUUCAAAAUGAUACAUGAAUACAUACAAACAGUUGAAAAUUUCAAUUGGGGUAAUCCUUAUCAGUUUGCCGUCUCAAUUACACAUAUUCUUAAGGCAUUUUCUGAUGGCGUUUCACUUUAUUCAUUAGAAACAUUACAUUUAAUUGAAAGAGACUUAAGAUUACAAAAAUCACCUAUUCAAUUACAAGAACCAUCAAACUCAUCAUUUGCCUCAGAAGAGAAGAGGAAAAGUAGAUUCUCCUUUCAUGAAAUGAAAAGUGCCCUUAAAUCAAACGAGAUGAUCGUUCCUGCGCCUUACCAAUAUACAGUGAGGACAUGUGUGCUUCUGAAUAAUUUGGAGGCUAUGCUUUCAAAAGUUGAAGAAUUAGAGGAUCAAGUACAGCCAGAACGUCUUUCUAUCAUAAUUAAAAAUUUUGAAAAUGAGAAUAAAUCAAAAGCAUCUUUCUCGGACAAUUACGAAGCAAUGAAACACUUGUAUACCAUUCGUGUUAUUGAAGCAAAUGAUAUUAGAGGAUAUGGAAGUGAUGGAUUUUCAAACGCCGCUGUAUCUUUGAGAAGCAGUAAAUGGCAGCGAGAAAUCGGUGCAACUAAAACGAUACCCAGAAAUAACAACCCUAUAUGGGAUGAAGAAUUUGAAGUAGAAUUGGCACACAAUGAAACAUGUUCGAUUAUGUUCAACAUUUGGCACCAUCACUUAAGAAGAUUUAAGUCAUUGAAUUCUGAUGACUUAUGUGGUAGAACUACCAUUACAUUAGCACCGCAGAAUUUUCCAAGUGAUGGGCUUCCUAUUGAGAAGACGUUAAAAUUAGAUACUCAAGGUGAAUUAGUUAUACAGGUUUCUCUGGAGACAGAAAAAGUAGAUCCGAUGUUUGCUGUUGGAAGGAUUUGUAGAAGUUUGUCAAGAGCUCGAGACAAGGCUAUAGAAUCACUAGUAAAUAAGUUCUCCAGCUUUGUCAAUUUUGCAUUUUCUAGAGAGACUCUGAAGAGUGUUCAUCAUAACACUGGAAGUAAAAAGGUUUCCCAACAUGAAAUUUACGAGGCAAUUGUACCACUAUUUGAUUAUUUAAACUCCAAUCUAAAUAUUUUAGCAUCGGAACUAACACAGGACCUACUUUUUAUGGUAAUGCUCAGAGCAUGGUCCCUUAUCCUGAGCACAGCUGAUAACCUACUUCUACCGCCACUAUCUAUCGCAAAGAACAAGCUGGCCUUAGCAAAAAGGACCAUCUGGAAUGUAGGCAAUUCUUCAACUAUCCCUGGUUACGGUCGCCCUUUGAGUCAAACAGAGGUAGAUAUUAUUUUCUCGUGGUUGAAUGCAUUAUGUAUAGACUUCUUCCACAAUAACGGAGAAGGUCCUCCACUGGAGAAUUUGAAGAAUAAACUUUAUCAGAAUCUUUUGUUAAUACCAAACCUUUACGACAAAAGCUCAUUAGAAUUGAAGAAAGAUAUACAAAGAUUAACCCCAACCUACGAAUCAUAUGUAAGACAUCUAAAUGAGAAGGAUAACUCAAAAGUUGUUGUUAGCAGGAAGCUUACAAGAAUCGUUAGAAGAAGGACAAUAAUGUCUGCAGGGUCUAAGAAACUAAGCAUUGACUCAGGAAGGCCGAUAGAUAGUAGUGAUAUAGAACAAUUGGAGAGGGAAGUUGAGACGAUGAAUGUGAUUCUUAGGAUGUUAAUGGCAAAAGGAGAACUAGACUAUGUCUAUAGACAAUUGCACGAAAGAAAACUCAAGAGAAAAGAAAUUAUUAAAACCUACGUGGCGAAAAGAGUAAGUAAAGGCCAAAAAAUAGCAUAUAAGUCAUAG